CUCGCGUAUCCUUCUGCCACCAUAGCUUUACUCGACCGUCCUUUUAUUUACCCGCAUUUUUCUCCCGUCACUGCAUGUCUACUGCCGCGUUACGGGGGGGCAUCGGGAGUAGUAGUAACUCCGGCGUGUUACUGCGGCAUCAUAAUUAUUCCGGGCAUCAUGCUCGGAGCACGAAAUUCCCGCGUCCGCGUCUUAUUCGUUCGCGAGACGAUGGCUUUAUGAUUCGGGCCGGGGAGCACAGGAAGGAUCACGAAUCGCGGCAGCAGAGUUUCGCGUUCCUCGGAUUUUCGCCACCGCCGGACCACGAAGCUGCUCGUAACACUGUUACCCGAAAGCGUUACAACGAGCUGCCUCGCGCCGUUUGCGUUGUCGCUAGUAACCGCCGCCGACUCAGCCGGUGUCGAGCACAAUCGGCAGUUGGCGAUAGGGAUACGCCUAGCGAAACAGCGUCUGUUACCUCCAGAUUGUUACCGAUUUCGCUGGCGGUGGUCGCCGCGGCGGCGGUGGCUGCGGCUACUGUUAGAGCGAACUGGCGAUUCUUCAGCAGCGAAUGGUUCUUGACGAUAUUGGCGAAGCUGAUUGGUUACAUCCUGAUCACUGCAUCGACGGUGGUGAAGCUUCCUCAGAUCAUGAGAAUAGUUCGGAGCAGGAGCAUCGAGGGGUUGAGCUUACCAGCCUUUGAGCUCGAGUGCAUUGGCUACACCGUCUCGCUGCUCUUCUGCUGGACGCGGAAAGUGCCCUUCAGUGCGUAUGGCGAGAUGUUCUUCCUCACCGCUCAGUCCAUGGCUCUCGUGAUGCUGAUUUACCACCACUCCUCAAAAUUGGGCAACCAGAGAUAUUUGAGGGCGGGCAUCUACAUGGGGAUCGUAGCGUGCCUGAUGUCUGGAGUCAUGCAUCCAGCCUGGUUCGAAGCGCUCUAUAACGGGCAAACUGCGAUUUUCACUCUCUCAAGAAUACCACAGAUCUGGGAAAACUUUGUGGCCUCUAGCACAGGGCAGCUGAGCCUCACCACCACCGCGAUGAGUGCAGCAGGGUGUGCAGCCCGUUUGUUCACCAGCAUUCAGGAAAAAGCGCCUCACAGCAUGGUCAUAGCGAGCAUCGCCGGUCUUAUGUCAAACGGAGUGCUUCUCUCGCAGAUCCUUGCAUACGCCAAGCCAAAAGCCACCACAAGCGAGUCGACACCUUCGGUAGUUGAGCCAACAUUAGAUGCCCGCCCUCCCUCGGACUAACAGGGUACCCUUAGCUGUGCACCUUCACUUUAAGCACUCCCCAGUCAAUUGUUCGUUGGACAGGUGGUUGCCUUUAGGUAGUUUUUGUCUCCUGGCUCCUGCCAAGUUGCCUUGCCACCAGUCUACUCAUUCCUGUCAUGCCCUCGUUUCUUGUCUCCAGUAUUUCGUAGGCAAUGGGAUGGAAGGCAGUCUCAGAAUAUGAGAAUUUUUUUUUGUAGUAAAAAAUUUACAGAUUGUGA